AUGGCGACCAAUCUCUCCCAGCUUUGCCUCACGUCAUGGUAUGGCUCCAUGUUCAGUGAAGAUGAGAUUAGAGAAAUCAAAGAUCAUGACGAUGAAAGUAGCCCUGCUAAGCGUUGUGGCUGGAUUUCGGGAUGGCAGCCUGACACGCAUGGCUUGCAGAGGGACGAAUCGGGUCCGAAGGCCGUGCUUGAGAGGGACUGCGGACGAUGA